AAACGGGACUGUGCGGACAAUCAUCACCACGUGAACGUGCGCGCGCGCGCGCGGUCCCCGCCCGCCCCACCCCCGCGCAGCCUCCCGGUUAUAAAAGCCCUCAGCCACCGAUCCGGGAGCACGGCUGAAGCUCGACCUCCCAGGUGUUUCUGUCUCCUUAGCAACCAUGAAGGCUGUAGCUCUGAUCCUUGCCCUGGCAGUCAUCACUGGCUGCAAUGCCCGUGCUGUGCGCCAGGCUGAAACCUCCAUGACCCGUGUGGAGGACAGCGUGGACCGCUUCUGGCAGUACAUCCAAGGCCUGAGCAAGGAUGCUCAAGCAGUUGUGGACACCAUCACCGCCGGACAGAUGAAAGCAGAGUUGGAGAGCCUGAUCACUCAGACCAUGACAGAGGUGGCAGAGUACAAAGAGAGUGCCCUGAGCAAGCUGGGGCCUCUCACUACUAGCACCAGUGGCCAGGUGAAUGAGGACCUCAAACUUCUGAUCAAUAAGCUGCAGAAGGACAUGACCGAUGCUAAGGACCGCAGUACUGAGUACCUGGGAGAGCUCAAUACCAUGGUGACCCAGAAUGCCGAUGAUGUACGCAGCCGCAUCACCGCCUACACCAACAAGCUCAGGAAGCGUCUGAUCAAAGACACCGCAGAGAUCCGCGAGGCCGUGGCCACUUACAUGGGGGAGGUUCAUUCCCGCGCCACCCAGAACGCAGAUGCUGUCAGGGAGCAGGUUGAGCCCUACCUCGCGCAGGCCGGCGACGCUGCCAACAAGAAGCUGAGCGACAUCACCUCUGUCCUCGAUGCCCAGGGCGACACCAUCAGGACCCAGCUGGAGAACAGCAUGAGGGAGCUGCGCACCUCCAUGGACACCAGGCUGGAAGAGCUCACCGAGCUGAUUGUCCCCUAUGCCACCAAGAUCCGUGAGCAGUUUGAGGAGGUCAUGACCAAGGUCAAGGAUACCACCAUCCAAUAAAGACACAGAGGGUUUUCGGAGGGUUAGAGAAAGAAACAUGUAUACAAAUGAUUUCUAUAAACCUUGAUAAAAGACGGGGUUCAAGUUACUGACUGUACAUUGUUGUGGAUGAAGAGAAGGAGGGGGGUUUCUACUUUGACCACUGUAAACCACUUUUUUUACUCUAACAAAUAGUUUGCUUUUCUACUUAAAACUGUAGCAAUACCUGUUUUUUUUUUUACAUUUUGCUGCUUGAACCUCAUACUGGGAUUCCAGUCCGUUCCAACACUUUCAUUUCAAUCAAUGCACUGACGACGCUGAACCGCCUUUCCUAGAUUCUCCAGAGUUAAGGCAGGAAAGGCUGACUUUGAUGACAAUCGGUGAGAAACGUGGCUGUCGUGCUUCCUGGGCUUUAUUGCACAGCGAUCUGUGAAUGCACAACCUGUGACUGUUAUGCAUCAGACUGUUGAGUGAAUAAAAACCUGAAAAAAA